UGCCUUGAAAUAAAGAACUGUUUGCUGGGGACAUUCAUCGCGCCAGAUGUGGGGAUUAAUACAAUAGACAAAAUGGGAGAUUUGGAGUUUGGUUAUGAAGAAAUGGAGGGUGUGAAACUCGGGUACCUGGUUAUUAAGGGCAAGCAAAUGUUUGCCCUUUCUCAAGUCUUCACCGACCUCUUGAAAAAUAUUCCAAGGACUACCGUGCAUAAAAGAAUGGACCACCUCAACGUGAAGAAGCAUCACUGUGAUCUGGAGGAAUUGCGAAAACUGAAAGCAAUAAACUCUAUAGCUUUCCAUGCGGCUAAAUGUACUCUGAUUUCAAGGGAAGACGUGGAAGCUUUGUAUAUUUCUUGCAAAACGGAGCGUGUGCUUAAAUCCAAAAAAAGAAACAAGAGUUCACAAGAGGAUACCUGUGACGACCAGAUCAAUCGAGAACCCCACGAUGGUUUCUGGAAAGAAAAAGUUUGGCUAAGUUUGCACGGGGUUCCUCAGACUUUCUCAUUUAAAAACAGACCUGGAAGACAAGGGGCUACCUCACCCCAUGCUUCCAAUCUACCUCAAAUUUACAGUAAAUUCGCGUGCCGCGGCUAUCAAGCAGUCACAAAGUCGGAAAGCAAAUCCCCAAAAAACUAUGAAACUUCUCAGAUUCCCAGCAAUUGUGUAGCAUUUCAUUCAAAUAAUUCGUUUAUUCGGAAUGUUGUAUGCACCCGACAACCCAUACUCUGUCAUUCCGCCAUUGCGGCACAGUCUAGGCGCUCAAGCACUACCGACCUAAUUUAUAAAGGGAAAGGAGAGCACGAGGACACUGGCAGACAAUUUUGGAGCACAGGCAGACGCAGUCAUCAGGUUUUAUUUGUCCCGAAAUGCUGCAAGUCAAAAGUAUCCAACGGUUCUUUAAACAAAUUUUACCUCCAGCAUGAGUUAUACCUCGACCACCAACACAUCGGGAAUUUCCAGGAGAGCUGCAGCAGCGACACAGAGUCAAGUUCUUACUCCGAACGAGUCGAUGAUUCGGAUUUUGGUUCAAGUUUGUCUACUACCAGUAACUCCGCAACCUCCGAUGAGGAAGAUGACUCUAUGUCAGAAUCGUCAGAUGUCAGCUCAGAUGAGGAGAGUUCUUCUCAAUCUGACUCAAGUUCUGUUGCGAGCCAAGUUUCGUUACAGAGCAUUCGAAUGAGGCGUACCAGUUUUUCAGCUCUCAGCAAUAAAGCGCCUCCUCUACAGCAAGCGUCUUUUCACUGUAGUCUCCAACACAGCACAACAAAUCAAAGCGGAACAACAGAGUUGGAUUACGGCAUUUCGAACAGGAAACUCACGAAAGCUGACUUUAUUCACACAACCUCUGUGAACAAACACGAGGAUAGUACUGUAUCAAAGCAGCGGAAGACAUGCCCGCUUCUUGGAAGUUGCUUUACGGAAACCAGGAAAGAAAGGUUUUCUAGGACAUUGUCACACAUUGAAAAUGAAAUUCCAAAUGAUCCAAAGAGGACUGACCCCGCAAUUAACAGUGUUAUUGAAACAGGGUCUUCACCUAGUUCAAAGGGAAACAAAGAGUUUCCUCUACAAAGGGUAUCAGGACGGGCAAACAAAUGCCCCCAAGCCUUGAUCUCAUACUGUGCCAGAGACAAAGAAACAAUAGUUUCUCAGUUCACCGACAACAAUCCUUCAUUUGACGUACAUUUCAAGAAAGAACCGAAAAUUAGCCAUUGCCUUCACAUACCCCCACCUUCUAACAUUAUCAAGACAGAAGUAGAGGAGCCCAGCACACCCGCCGAUGUUCACGACGAGAACAGAUUACUAAAGACAUCGCCAACUCUGCUCCAGAACGUUAAAAUUAAAGUAGAGGAAAUAUCCGACGAGUAUGAAUAUUCUUGUCAGGGUAAUGAACUUGUAUGGAAAUACCAAUGCAACCAGCCAGACAUCACCAGUGGUCAAUAUCCGAGUGGCGAGGAUAAACCAGUACAUAAUGUAAACAAUGCUAAUAAAGCCACUGAGUGCGCCGGAGACCUUACCACUUCCCAAAAGUCUCCCUCAAUACACCCGGAAUCUCAAAGCACUUUAAGUACCCCUUAUCCAGAGGACGGGGAGUACAAAAACGGUGCAAGGGUAAGGAAAAACUAUAGGACUUUGGUACUGGGGAAACACUCUGGAAUUCCGACGACCCAACUGAAAUUAAAUGGUAAAGUUUACAGGACCCCACGAUCUACAGGUAAACCCGAGAAUGAUGAAGGAUCACCAGAGGAUUUUACAGGCGGGAGUAAACGCAAACGUGCAGCAAGCAAUGUAGCAGCUGUGAGAAGGCCUUUCAACUUCAUGGCAAAUUUUCCGUCUCCGCCGUCACUAAUUAUUGGCAGUGAUGGGGAUUUGAGCCCCGCUUAUUCCCUAAACUCUAUGAAGGAUAACCAGCCUCACCGGUCUCAUCCUGUGUGGAAGUGGCAGCUUGGUAGUUCUGCUGUACCCCUCCCACCAAGUCACAAAUUUCGGAAAUUUUAGCGCAGGAAAUAUCUUUACGACAUAUUUUGGUGAUUUAUACCAAAAACUAAAAAAAGAAAGUCUUAAAAUUGAGCGACAAGCACUGAUUACAUUUUCCUGGAUAAACAGUCCACAUGCUUAUGGAACUCCUGCAACUACAAUUGGAACACUUUCAAGACUUACAGGUCCGAUUAAUCGCCUAACGAGUACCUCAAGGAUUUAUA